AUGGCUCCUCCCGCUGAUAAGUUUAAAUAUGCGCUCAAGUCCAACGACGCCUGGGCCAGUUAUAAAGGACACCAAAACGAGUCUUUCUUCCCAACCCUCGCCAAGGGACAAGCACCCGAGAUCUUGUGGCUUGGUUGCAGUGAUUCCCGUUGUCCUGAAACUACGCUUCUCGGUCUCCAGCCAGGGGAUGUCUUCACCCACCGAAAUAUCGCGAACAUCCUAUCCCCGACCGACCUAAACUUCCUCUCCGUCCUCGAAUAUGCGGUAGUACACAUCAAGGUCAAGCACAUUGUUCUUUGUGGUCACACCUCCUGCGGUGGAUGUGUCGGCGCACUGUCUGAUUCUCGAAUCGGUGGUGUCCUCGACGCAUGGUUGACACCUCUCAAAGCAGUCCGCGCAGCAAACCAGAAAGAACUAAGCGCAAUCCAAGAUGAUGGAGAACGCAUUAAGAGACUGGCAGAACUCAAUGUCAAACAAGGAGUCGAUGUCCUCAUGGCCAACUAUGUUGUCCGCGAAGCGAUUGAGAAGCGAGGUCUCGAUGUCCAUGGAGUCCUCUUCAACAUUGGGUCCGGAAAGAUUCAAGAUCUUGGACUUGGCACCGACGGAGAACUUACCCAAUCGAAAGAUGGCAAGAUUUCCCUGACUGAUGGAACAGAAGGUCAAGGUAAGCGAGAGUCUGCGUCUGCGCCUGUACCUGAAUUUGAAAUUGUUCGCGGCAAUCAUGCCAUGCUUGUAUUCAACAACGACGAUACAGCGGUACUGACAGUGCGUUGA